AUGUUUCCAUUCCGACCGGCAAUUAUAUUGGGCAUGCAGGGAACCAGUUCUGAAAUGUUUAAACAUGCAGUUCAUGUUUAUAAAAAUCAAAUACAGAAAAAUAAAGAACUUGGGUCUUCUUUUUCUGUUUGUUAUCGUGGAGAACAUGUUAUCGACAUUGUUGGAGGAUAUGUGGAUAAACGUUUCCGCCUACCAUGGUUGCCGUCAACUAUAAGUCAGUUGUUUACUGUGUCUUUGGUUGUUGUGCCUUUCACAUUUGCUAAGUUAUACCAGGAGUAA